CAAUUACAAAAAGGUUCGAUUGGUAUAUUUGAGACCGAAAGUGCGGCUGGAGACAUUAAGCCAGCUUCACUCACGAUUUUAUUGUUGAGCUUGUUAGGAACUCAACGUCGCUGAGGAUUUAAACCUUGGUCAAUCUCAUUCCAGCAUUUGAGAUAUUUACUGUGGUAGUUUGGUGAAAACGCAUAACACAUUGAUUCAUUGUUUACAUCUGCCGACGAAUAUUGGAUGGCGUUGGCAUCAAUAUUUAUCACUUUUGGAUAAAAGGAAGAUUUUAUACAGAAGUGAAAUAUUUCUAGAAUGAGACAUUGCUCUUCUACAUUGUCUGGAAUAUGUAGAUUAUUUUUCAUUCUAAUAAAAUUUGAACAGAUUUACAAUGGAGUUUGCCACCAUGGAAACAUUGCGGUAUAAAUGUUUCGAUCAAUCCAGGAAUAUAUAAAAAGCGGUGAAAAUAUCCUUACAGAAGUAUGAAUUUUUCUGAAGAAUUGCCAAAGGGGACAGAAGAAUCAUCGUUCUCUUUAAAAUGUACCCUUGCUACUCAAAAGCAUAUGCAUACAGAAGAGAAAUUAUAUGAAUGUGAUAUUUGUGGUAAAUCAUUCUCUGAAAAACAUACUUUAACUAAGCACAAACGCAUUCAUUCCAGAAAAAAGUCACAUAGAUGUAAUAUCUGUGGUAAAUUAUUCCCUUACAGAAGUUAUUUAGUUGAUCACACACGUACUCAUACAGGUGAAAAACCACAUCACUGUGAUGUCUGUGGUAAAUCAUUCUCUCGUGCUAAUGGCUUAACUCGACACAUACGUACUCAUACAGGUGAGAAACCACAUCAGUGUAAUAUUUGUGGUGAAUCAUUCUCUGAAAGGGGUAACUUGGCGAAACACAAAUAUAUUCAUACAGGAGAGAAGUUAUAUCACUGUGAGAUCUGUGGAAAAUCGUUCUUUCAAAAGGUUCAUUUAAAUUCUCAUCAACAUAUUCAUACGAGAGAGAAGCCAUAUCGCUGUAAUAUUUGUAGUAAAUCAUUCACUAAUAGUAGUAAUUUAACUGCUCACAAACGUAUUCAUGGAGACGAUAAACCACAUCAUUGUGUUAUCUGUGGUAAAUCAUUUCUUCAUAAUAGUAAAUUAACUAUCCACAAACGUAUUCACACAGGGGAAAAACCAUAUCACUGUGAUAUUUGUGGUAAAUCAUACUCUUAUUCAAGUGCGGUAACUAUCCACAAACGUACUCAUUCAGGACAAAAACCAUAUCACUGUGAUAUCUGUGGUAAAUCAUUCUCUUCUGGAAGUGCAUUAAGUAUUCAUAAACGUGUUCAUUCAGGGGAAAGACCACAUCUUUGUGUUAUCUGUGGUAAGACAUUCAGCCUAACAAGUACGCUAAAAACACACAUGCGAUACAUUCAUACAGGAGAGAAACCAUAUCGCUGUGAUAUCUGUGGUAAAUCAUUCCCUGCUGGAAGUCAAUUAACAGUUCACAGACGUAUUCAUACAGGGGAAAGACCAUAUCACUGUGAUAUCUGUGAUAAGUCAUUCACCUAUAAAACCACAUUAAAGUUUCACAAACGUAUUCAUACAGGGUAAAAACCAUAUCUCUGAGAUAUGUGUGUGUAAUUCAUUCAAAGUAAAAACCAUACCACUGGUUUCAUACAAGAGAGAGACUGUAUCACUGUGAUAACUGUGGUAAACCAUUCAUUGAUGCAAGUACAUUAGCUCCUCCCAAAUGUAUUCAUACAAAAGAAAAACCAUAUAACAAAGGAUCUGUGGUGUAUUUUUCUCUCAAAGUUCUGAUCUAAUUAGCCACAUAUAUUUUCAUGCAGGAAAUAAGCCCUAUCAUUGUAAUAGAUUCAUUCAUUCUAAAGAAAAACUGUAUUACAAUGAUAUUCACAGUAAGUCAUUCUAUGUAACAAAAUCACUCAUCUAUGUAUAAAGAACAGGACAUCAGCAUUCAAAUCUUGCCAACAACAUAACAGCCUCUCCAAUGCUGACUCCAUGAUGAAAUACAUCCGGUACACUGUCAAAGUGACAGUAAUAGGUUGGCAGCCAACCAUAGAAAGCAUUCCCCCGAAAUGGAGCAUAGAAGUGAAGUGUUUUCCCUAAUUCAUCUAAGACAUGAAACAACCUAAUUUUAACAUUUUUUUUUCCUUUUGUGGUACUAAUAAUAAUUUAUAAUAUGUAUUGUAUUGGUUACUGAUUGAUUUGGUUUUAUAAAAAUAAAUUGUGUUUCAGAACGA